AAAACAAAUGCUACACAAAUUUCCUCUUUUGCAUGCGCGGCUACAAAAUCAGCAGUUCGGCUAGCCCCGAAAGUGGAUUGGGUACAUCGCACACCUCACUACCGGGUUCAGGACAGGGUAGUGCGAACGAGAAUGCCAUUGGCGAGGAUGGAUAUGAUGAGACGGAAAUUGAGGUACUGCAACCGUUGGGCACAUGUCGAGCGCUCUAUCCCUUCGAAGCGACCAGCGAAGGCAGCAUACCAAUGAUUGAGGGCGAAGAACUGCAAGUGAUUGAAAUCGAUCAGGGUGAUGGCUGGACGCGCGUGCGCCGUGCCAAUGCCACCAACGGCUGGGAUGAAGGAUUUGUGCCGACUAGUUAUAUUGAAUGUACACUAAGCACUGAAAAACGCUGCGUAGAUGUCGAAGGCGCUGAGUCAAAUUCAAGUACACCGACUAUUGAAUAUUUUGAGAAGCAGCAAA